GAAGUGCUGCUGGUUUCGUAGAAGCAAUUUUUAAAAAAUCAAAAUCACAUUUCUUCCCGUCAAACAGACUGGGAUCUUUAAUGGAUUGAGUGUUGAGCCCCAGUGAGAUGACUGACCAGGGCAACAACAACCAGAACAUCUCCUGCAACCCCUUCGCUGCCCUCUUCAGCUCACUGGCUGAUGCCAAACAGUUUGCAUCAGGCCAAAAACCACAACAGCUGUCUGCUCAACCACCACUGGAGGACUCAGGAGAGAGCCAGUCAGAGUCGGAGAACUCUGUGUCAGACAGCGUCGAUGACAAUGACGACUCCGUGGCAGAGAUUAGCCGCUCCUUCCGCUCCCGGCAAGAGCUGUGUGAACAGCUCAAUGUCAAUCACAUGAUCCAGCGAAUUUUUCUAAUCACUCUGGACAACAGCGACCCCAGUCUGAGAGGAGGUAAUGGGAUUCCUCCUCGCUGUGUUUACUUGGAGGAGAUGGCUGCAGAUCUAGAUGGACAGGACUGGCUGGACAUGGACAACAUAGAGCAGGCUUUGUUUAACCGUCUGCUGCUGCUAGAGCCAGGAAACCAGCUCAUCUACAUGACGUCAUGCAGCGCUGUCAACUUGUCUGCUGACCGUGAUGCUGGAGAGAAAAGUGCCAUCCCCUACCUUUUCGCUUGUUACCAGAGGGCAAAGGAAGAGGUGACGAAGGUACCCGAGAAGUUGCUUUCGUUUGCUGUUCGCUGUAAGGACCUGACAGUUUCUAACACGCGAACAGUUUUGCUCACCCCAGAGAUCUACAUCAGCCAGAAUAUCUACGAACAGCUUCUGGACCUGCUGUUGGAGGCCUUUAAUGGAGCACAGCCAGAGGAGGUGGUUGAAUUUGUGGAGGAGGUCAUUGCCGGCCUGCUCUCUGACCAAGAGGUGCGUACCUUCGAGGAGGUGAUAGUCCCAGUGUUUGAUAUCUUCCAGGGACGCAUCAAAGACUUGGACCUGUGCCAGCCUCUGCUGUACUCCUACCUAGAUGUUCUCCUCUAUUUCAGUCACAAUAAAGAUAUUGCCAAGGUCUUGGUGGAACACAUUCAGCCCAAAGACCCAGCUAAUGGUUUGCAGUACCAAAAGACCUUACUGGGGAUGGUGUUGAAUAUCUCCUGCUUGCUGAAAACCCCCGGUGUGGUCGAGGGACAUGGCUACUUUCUGAACCCCUCCCGCUCCAGCGCCCAGGAGACAAAGGUCCAGGAGGCCAACAUCCACCAGUUUAUGAAUCAGUUUCAUGAGAAGCUGCAUCAGAUCUUAAAAAACUUGCUCCAGCGAUCUGGUGAGACCCGUCAUUUGCUGCUCUCGUGGUUGGGAAACUGUCUGCAGGCUAAUGCCGGCAGAGCCAAGAUCUGGGCCAAUCAGAUGCCAGAGAUCUUCUUCCAGAUGUAUGCCUCAGAUGCGUUUUUCUUGAACCUGGGUGCAGCUCUACUGAAGCUGUGCCAGCCUUUCUGCAGGCCACGUUCACCUAAACUGCUCACCUUUAACCCUACCUACUGCGCACUCAAAGAUUUGAGCGAAGAAGAGAGGCGCAAUCGGAAUGUGCACGCAAGAGGUCUCGACAAGGAAACCUGCCUGAUCCCUAUGCCCCCCCAGCAGCCAGUGGAGUCUGCACAGUCCUACAGCUUGCUGACUGAAAACCUCAUCCUCACACAACUCACACUGCAUCUCGGCUUCCACAGACUCCAUGAGCAGAUGGUGAAGAUGAACCAGUCUCUCCACCGGCUCCAGGUGACGUGGCAGGAGGCCCAGCGAACAGGCAACCCAAUGUCGGAGCAGCUCCUGGAGCAGUUUGAGCGCCUGAUGAUUGUUUAUCUGUCAACCAAAGCUGCCACUACGCAGCCUGCCAUGCUGCAAUGCUGCCUUAACCUCCAAGCUUCCACUGCUGCUCUGCUGGUUCAGCUUGGGAUGGGAAACCAGGGGACUGAGCAUGUAGCACUCAGUUUUCCACUGCCCUCCCUGCAGAAUCCUAUGCUCUGCUAUGUGCCAGAGUUUUUUGCAGAAAACUUGGGAGAUUUUUUCAUCUUCCUGCGUCGGUUUGCAGACGAUGUCUUGGAGACUUCUGCUGAAAGUCUGGAGCAGAUUCUUAACUUCAUUACUGUCUUCAUGGGUAACGUAGAGAGGAUGAAAAACCCUCAUUUAAGAGCGAAGCUUGCAGAGGUCUUGGAGGCAGUGAUGCCCCACAUGGAGCCAGUGGCUUCUGGUGCUGCUCAGCCAAUCGUGUUCCAGAGAGAGAGAGUCUUCUGCACAUACAGACAUGCACCUCAGCUGGCCGAGGCCCUCAUCACUGUGUUUGUUGAUAUUGAAUUCACAGGUGAUCCUCAUCAGUUUGAGCAGAAAUUCAACUACAGGAGACCUAUGUAUCCAAUUCUUAAGUACAUGUGGGACAAAGAAAACUACAGAGAGAGCAUCAAGCAUUUAGCAACCUAUGCAUCUGAGAACCUGGAGGCCAUGAACCCCCCUCUGUUCCUCAGGUUCCUCAACUUAUUGAUGAACGAUGCCAUCUUCCUACUGGAUGAGGCUAUUCAGUACCUGAGUAAAAUCAAGGUUCUGCAGCUGGAGCGGGAUCGAGGGGAGUGGGAAGGCCUGGCCCCUGAUGCCCGAAGAGAGAAGGAGUCGAGCCUGCAGAUGUUUGGACAGCUGGGACGCUUCCACAACAUCAUGUCCAAUGAGACCAUCGGCACGCUGGCCUUCCUCACCUCAGAAAUCAAGGGCAUCUUUGUGCAGCCUUUCCUAGCCGAGAGGAUCAUCUCCAUGCUCAACUACUUCCUGCAGCACCUGGUGGGUCCUAAGAUGGGAGCUCUUAAAGUCAAGGACUUCAGCGAGUUCGACUUCAAGCCCCAGCAGCUUGUUUCUGACAUCUGCACGAUCUACCUAAACCUGGGUGAUGAGGAGAAUUUCUGUGCUACAGUCCCAAAGGAUGGACGAUCGUAUUCUCCUACACUCUUCUCCCAGACACUUAGAGUACUAAAGAAGAUCAACAAGCCUGGGGACAUGAUUGUGGCUUUUGGACUCCUUGCUGAUAAAAUAAAGUCUCAUGCAGACAGGCAGCAGCAGGAAGAGGAAACGUAUGCAGAUGCUCCAGAUGAAUUCUUGGAUCCCAUCAUGUCCACUCUGAUGCUAGAUCCUGUCCUUCUACCUUCUUCCAAUGUAACAGUAGACCGCUCAACUAUAGCAAGGCAUCUCCUCAGUGACCAGACGGAUCCUUUCAACCGCAGUCCUCUAACCAUGGACCAGAUUAGGCCCAACGAGGAACUCAAACAGCAAAUCUUACAGUGGCUGGAUAAGCAUAAGCAGGAGGGGCUGCAGCUGGGACCCAGUGGCUAGCCCUGAUCUCUCACUGUGACAAACAAUGACUCCUCUCGCAUCGUUGUUUUCUUUCCCAGCCCACACGCUCCUCUGCUUCAUGGCUGAUCCAUGGUGUGCUUACCUCUGUGGAUUUGUUCUGACUCCGCCGGUCCGACUGACAUUGCAUUCGCCUUUUCGUGCAGCCUUCAUGCUUAAUGGAACAUCUCUGUGACAACAGAUGAGGCAAACUAUAGCCCACCUGCAGGUGACGACUUCAAAACCCAUACAGUAGCUGUUAUACUCCCAUGAUGCCCUAUUGUAAACAUUACUAGGGCGAUGCAGCCUCUGUUUCCAUAAUAAAUAGUUAUUACAGUCAGAACUGUGGCCAGAAAUGUCAGUUCAGCAGCACUUGAAUGUACUGUAUGAACUCCUGACUGACCAUCUGGCCCUAACCAGAUUUUAUACUGCAAGGUAAGUAUUUUUGAAACUCACAAGUCAGACCAUUGAUGGAGUUGUUUAUAAUUUACCCUGGAUUUCACCUCCAUAAAGAAUACAUCUAAUAAUCGUACACUGCCUUUUAAAGUCCUUUAACACCCUAAAUGUUUGCACUCUUGGUUCAAUCUCAACCAGCAUGCUCAUUGUACAUAUAAUUAGAAAUUAAAAGUAAGGCCUCGGAAAAACUGAAA